AUGCCUGAAGCAACACAGGGGCCAGUUCUUAGAAGUAAAAGGCCUGGUCAAAGUAAGGAAGGAGAAACUAAUUUCACUGAAAGGUCAACAAUAAAUACAAGAUCACUGCCAAAGAAGAAAAAUUUGAUUCCUCGUGAAACCACUGAGUUCCUCCCUAAUAUCUCCCGGCUCCUUCUCCAAGCUAUUGCCUCGUGUGAGUCCGACAAUGGCCUCAGCUUCACAGAGCUGAAGGAAGUGCUCAGCGCAAAGGGCUAUGACGUGAGGAGGCAUUGCCCCAGAAUCCAGAGGAAACUGCACUUGAUGGUGUCAAAAGGCGCCUUGGUGCGUAUGACUCGCAGUAAUGGCUCCAGGAUUUUUGUAGUCGGAAAGUACCAGGAGAAGACCAGCAGGAUAUUUGAAAACCCCAAAACAAAUGUAGGGGCAAAGAAAGCAAGAAUGGAGAGAAGGAACGCCACACGCACUUCUGCGAAGGCAAAGACAGCAGCAAAGCAAGCAAAGAGCUCUGCACGGAAAAUGGGAGAAGCUAGUAGAAAGCUCCAAAGUCCCAACAAGAAACUGAAGAGAGGAGGAAGGCAACAGAGACAAACCACUAGGGAAAGCAGCCCUGCCAAGAGAUCCCAGGGUCUUGUCAAAAAAGCUGUUUCUGCCACUAAAAGAUCAAGUCGCUCUGGUAGCCAAGCUAUGCCCCCUGCUAAAGGUCUGCUCCAUUCCAACAGCAGAGCUGCCUCUGCUUUAAUGAGACCCCGAAACCUCAGAAGCAGAGUUGCCUCUUCAGAGAAACUGAAUAGUCUUAGCAGCAAAGUAACUUCUAAAAGGUCAAGAUGCUCCAAUAGGAAUGCCACAACCUCAGCAAAAGGACUGGGAAGUCCCUACAGCACGGAGAUGGUCAAUACGAGGAAAACGAGAUUUUCCAGGAGUGAAAAUACUUCCCCUGAUAAAGAACAAAGUUCCAAAAGAACAGCUGCAUUUCCCCCACAAAAACCCAAGAGCAGUGCUGUAGGCAAUACUAAAAGACAAAGGAGGAGAUAG